AUGAAUGAGAAAGAACUGCUCCAUGGGCUGAACGACCGUUUCGCCGGAUUCAUAGAGAAGGUGCGUCAUUUGGAGCAUCAAAAUGAAUUGUUUGAGAGGGAAAUCGAGGAAAUCAAACUAAAAGCACAGUCCCCUGCAUCUCUGGCUCAGGAGCACGAGCCGGAGCUUAUGGACCUGAGGAACCUAGUUCAUGACAUCACCCUUCAGAAGCGUCAGAUCGAGAUAGAGCAUCAGAACCUGGAGGAAGAUUUCCUCACCUUGAGAGACAAGUAUGAGCAGGAGGCACGUGACCGCUCGAACGCAGAGAACGGCAUCCUUGUGCUGAAAAAGGACGCCAACGAUGCAUACCUCGCCAAACUUCAGUUGGACAAGAAAGCGCAGUCUUUGGUGGACGAGAUCCACUUCCUGAAGAACAACCAUGAGGACGAGAUAUCAGAAAUGGUGGCCCAGAUCCAAGAGGCUCAAGUAACGGUCAAGGCGCAAGACUUUGGCAAACCUGACAUCACAGAGGCUCUCCGGGACAUCCAUGUGCAUUUAGAAGGUCACGCCACCUCCGACUUUCGGCAAGCCGAGGAGGGCUUCCGUAUCCAGUUCACAAAGUUAACCAAAGCGGCAGAAAGUAACAGAGAGGCGUUGAAGGCAACCCAACAGGAGAUCCAGGAGAAUAGAAGGCACCUGCAGGGGAAAACAAUUGAACUGGACUGUGGGAAAGGAAUGAGAGAGGCCCUGGAAAAACAACUACACGAGCUGGAGAAGCGUCACUAUGCGGAAAUGAUUCAUUACCAGGACACUAUCAGGCAGCUGGAGAAUGAGCUGACCAAUGCUAAACUAGGCAUGUCUGGCUACCUGAGAGAGAACCAGGACCUGCUGAAUGUCAAAAUGGCUUUGGAUGUGGAGAUUCUCUCUUACAGGAAACUCCUGGAGGGUGAGGAGUCCCAUCUGUACACCAUCUCUGACACCCACAUCUCCAUGCCCUGCAUCUACCGCCAGUCCCCCGUCUACACCCUGCCUUGCCUGGCCCGGCAGGGAGGGCCCACAUGCAGGUCUGAGCCCCAGUACAAGUUUGUUGAGGAGAUCAUCUCUGAGACCACCAGAGACAUGGAGAUGUCCGAGAUUGAGGAGACAGGCUCCGAGGAGACGGUCGGGGGAGAGGGAGACGAGUUGAGACAGAAGCAGGGAGAAGAGAGUGACAAAGCUGAGAGGAGGAGUGGGGAAGAGGAGGAUGAGGACAAAGAGAAAGCUAGAGGUAAAGUGGAUGUUGAAGUGGAUGCCCCGGAGGAAGAGGGUGAACAGGAGGAAGAGGGUGAACAGGAGGAAGAGUCUAAGAGACAGCAGAUGGUAACAUCAGCAGAGGUCGAGGUAAAUGGAGAUGGAGUUAGCCCUAGUGAGGGAGAAAAUGGAGAGGAGGGAGGUGAUGAAAGAGAAGAGGAAAAGGGGGGUGAGCCAGAUUCAAUCAAGAAGACAGAGGACAUUGACAGAGGUGAAAAUACACAAAGUGAAGUCAAAUCAGCUGAGGCCACCAGUGAGGGAGAGAAGGAAAAACUGGACACAACAGAGAAGCUAGACAGCGAGAUAAAUGAGACAUUAGAAAAAGAUGACACCCCAAAACAUGGCAAAUCCCAACUAGAGGUUCCCAAGAAUGGUGACAUCUCAACAGAACCCAAAACGUCAGAGUCAGAGGAUAGCAAAACAGGAAGUUCAAUAAAGGGUGAACCACAGGUCCCCACAGAGGACAUCUCCAAAGAACCCAAAAAGGUGUCAGAGGAGAGAAAAAAAGAAAGCCCUUUAAAAGAGAAAAAAGAGGUAGAUCUGAAAGAGGAGAGUGCCCCAACAGAGCAACAAAAAGAUAGCCCUAAAGAAAGUCCCAUCAAAGAGAGAAAUAAGUUAAAUCUGACAGAGCAGAGUGCCCCAACACUGGAGCAGAAACCUGAUCAGAAGGAGCACAGAGAGUCAGACCAACCUCAAGAGGCAGAGAGUGCUCUGACAACACAAGAAGAGGAUCUCCCUGAGCCCACAGAGAAUGACAUGGAAUCCCCUGAUAACACUGCAGAGCUUAACAGCAGUUCAACCAAGGAGACAGUGGAGCAGGUAAAGUCACCUGAUGAUUCUGGUGUAAAAACGACACAAGAUGAGAGAACAGUAGGAGGUAAAAUGCCAGACAGAAUUCUCAGCACAACAAGUGAGUGUAAGGAAGAUCCUGUGCAAAAGACUCCUAAACAGGAGGUGGGUCCGACAGAGCAAAAAGUGAGCAGCAAGGAUGAUAGUGUAAAAAGUAUUGUGCAGAAUGAACAUAAUGGCAGUGAAAAGGUCACAAAAGAUGUCUCAAUGGGUGAGGAAAAGGGGAAAGAAUCUGAGACAUCCCCUAAACCCGACGCCACUGUGACUCCUAAAGAAGAAACAACCCUGCAACCAGAGCCAACUGUCACCCCUAAAGAGGAGACAUCCCCUAAACCGGAACCCACUGUCACCCCUAAAGAAGAAACAACCCUGCAACCAGAGCAAACUGUCACCCCUAACGAAGAAACUUCCCCAAAACCAGAACUAGCAGUCACGGCUAAAUUAGAAACUUCCCCAAAAUCAGAACUAGCAUUUACCACUAAAGAAGAAACGUCCCCAAAACCAGAACCAGGAGUCAUCCCAAUAGUAGAAACUUCCCCAAAACCAGAACUAGCAGUCACCCCUAAAGUAGAAACUUCCCCAAAACCAGAAAUAGCAGUCACCCCUAAAGUAGAAACUUCCCCAAAACCAAAUUCAACCAUCACCCCUAAAGAAGAAACGUCCCCAAAACCAGAACCAGCAGUCACCCCUAAAGAUGACACAUCCCCUAAACCGGACCCCACGGUCACUCCUAAAGAAGAAACAACCCCGCAUCCAGAGCCAACUGUCACCUCUAAAGAGGAGACAUCUCCUAAACCGUACCCCACUGUCACCCCUAAAGAGGAAACAUCCCCAAAACCAUUUCCGACUGUCGCCCCUAAAGAGGAGACAUCCCCUAAACCAGAACUAGCAGUCACCGCUAAAUUAGAAACUUCCCCAAAACCAGAUCUAGCAGUCACCCCUAAAGAACAAACUUCCCCAAAACCAGAUCUAGCAGUCACCCCUAAAGAACAAACGUCCUCAAAACCAGAACUAGCAGUCACCACUAAAGAAGAAACUUCCCCUAAACCAGAACUAGCAGUCACAGCUAAAUUAGAAACUUCCCCAAAACCAGAUCUAGCAGUCACCCCUAAAGAACAAACUUCCUCAAAACCAGAACUAGCAGUCACCCCUAAAGAACAAACUUCCUCAAAACCAGAACUAGCAGUCACCCCUAAAGAAAAAACUUCCCCAAAAGCAGAACUAGCAGUCACCCCUAAAGAAGAAACUUCCUCAAAACCAGAACUAGCAGUCACCCCUAAAGAAGAAACUUCCCCUAAACCAGAUCUAGCAGUCACGGCUAAAUUAGAAUCUUCCCCAAAACCAGAACUAGCAGUCACCACUAAAGAAGAAACUUCCCCAAAACCAGAACUAGCAGUCACCACUAAAGAAGAAACUUCCCCAGAACCAGAACGAGCAGUCACCCCUAAAGAAGAAACGUCCCAAAAACCAGAACCAGGAGUCAUCCCAAAAGUAGAAACGUCCCCAAAACCAAACUCAACCAUCACCCCUAAAGAAGAAAUGUCCCCAAAACCAGAACCAGCAGUCACCCCUAAAGAUGACACAUCCCCUAAACUGGACCCCACUGUCACUCCUAAAGAAGAAACAACCCCGCAUCCAGAGCCAACUGUCAACCCUAAAGAGGAGACACCCCCUAAACCAUACCCCACUGUCAACCCUAAAGAAGAAACUUCCAUUAAACCAGAACCAGCAGUCACCCCUAAAGAAGAAGCUUCCCCAAAACCAGAUUCAACCAUCACCCCGAAAGAAGAAACUUCCCCAAAACCAGAUCUAGCAGUCAACCCUAAAGUAGAAACUUCCCCAAAACCAGUACUAGCAGUCACACCUAAAGAUGAAACUUCCCCAAAACCAGAACUAGCAGUCACCCCUAAAGAAGAAUCUACCCCAAAACCAGAACCAGCAGUCACCCCUAAAAAUGAAACAUUCCCUAACCCAGACCCCACUGUCACUCCUAAAGAAGAAACAUCCUCGCAACAGGAGCCAACAGUCACCCCUAAAGAGGAGACAUCCCCUAAACCGUAUCCCACUGUCACCACUAAAGAAGAAACUUCCCCUAAACCGUUCCCCACUGUUGCCCCUAAAGAGGAGACAUCCCCUAAACCAGAACGAGCAGUCACCACUAAAGUAGAAACCUCCCCAAAACCAGAACUAGCAGUCACAACCAGAGAAGAAACUCCCCCAAAGCCAGAACCAGCAGUCACCGCUAAAGAAGAAACUUCCACAAAACCAGAUCUAGCAGUCACAACCAGAGAAGAAACUUCCCCAAAACUAGAACCAGCAGUCACCCCUAAAGUAGAAACUUCCACAAAACCAGAACCAGCAGUCACCGCUAAAGUAGAAACUUCCACAAAACCAGAACCAGCAGUCACUCCUAAAGAAGAAACUUCCCCAAAACCAGAACCAGCAGUCACCCCUAAAGUAGAAACUUCCACAAAACCAGAUCUAGCAGUCACAACCAGAGAAGAAACUUCCCCAAAACUAGAACCAGCAGUCACCCCUAAAGUAGAAACUUCCACAAAACCAGAACCAGCAGUCACCCCUAAAGAAGAAACUUCCCCAAAACCAGAACCAGCAGUCACCCCUAAAGAAGAAACUUCCCCAAAACCAGAACCAGCAGUCACCCCUAAAGUAGAAACUUCCACAAAACCAGAACCAGCAGUCACCCCUAAAGUAGAAACUUCCCCAAAACCAGAACCAGCAGUCACCCCUAAAGAAGAAACUUCCCCAAAACCAGAACCAGCAGUCACCCCUAAAGAAGAAACUUCCCCCAAACCAGAACCAGCAGUCACCCCUAAAGUAGAAACUUCCACAAAACUAGAACCAGCAGUCACCCCUAAAGUAGAAACUUCCACAAAACCAGAACCAGCAGUCACCCCUAAAGAAGAAACUUCCCCAAAACCAGAACCAGCAGUCACCCCUAAAGAAGAAACUUCCCCCAAACCAGAACCAGCAGUCACCCCUAAAGUAGAAACUUCCACAAAACUAGAACCAGCAGUCACCCCUAAAGUAGAAACUUCCACAAAACCAGAACCAGCAGUCACCCCUAAAGAAGAAACUUCCCCAAAACCAGAACCAGCAGUCACCCCUAAAGAAGAAACUUCCCCCAAACCAGAACCAGCAGUCACCCCUAAAGUAGAAACUUCCACAAAACCAGAACCAGCAGUCACCCCUAAUGUAGAAACAUUCCCAAAACCAGACCCAACCAUCACCCCUAAAGAGGAAAUAUCCCCUAAACCAGACUCAACUCUCACUGCAGAAUUAACGACCACCCCUAAACCAGACUCAAACCUCACCCCAGAAACAACGACCACCCCUACAGAAGAGAGUGAAAUUAUGGGCAGAUGUGACAAAGCUAAGACAAUCACACCACCAGAGGAACAGAUGCCUGCAGUUGCAGAGAGCAAGGACUCACACAGGGGGGCGCCAGAAAGCAACACAAUUCAGGAGAAACCAGAGGAAAGUAUGGAUAAAGAGCCUGAGAAGGUUACAGAUCCCAAAGAUGGACCACCAAAGACAGUUAGCGUGAAGACCAAGGCCUCUGAGUUAAAACCUGAACAUGUUGAGAUAUCUAUUACAAAGAUAUCACCAGUGAAAGAACAGGAUGAAUCAGCCGUGGGUUUGAAAGAUCAGACAGUUGAUGAGAAGAUAACAGAACAGGUGCAAUUUUAAAUAGACUAGAACAGCUUUACAGGAGGUGCAUGGUUAGUGCAAGCCUAUAAAGCAAUAUGAGAACUGCUCCACCUUAAGAUAUUAACUGAAACUUAAUAUGUAAAGUAUCAUGGUUCGUGACUGUCAAUUAUCACCAGGGCCGCAACUUUCACUGGGGACGGGGACGGGACAUGUCCCCCUCCCACAUUCUGAAAUUGUAUUUUUGUCCCCCCCGUUUCACAAAACGAGGCAGUGGUGUGCUUUUGGACCAUGUGAAUGCCUCCGAGUGGUCGGGUAGGCUGUUUGGAGUGUUUAUCCGACUGGAUAUGAUUUUCUUUUUUACAAUAAUAAUAACGCUCCCCCACUUCUAAAAUCAAAGUUGCGCCCCUGAUUAUGAGGCACAGUUAAUGAACUCCUGCAAGAGAUAUGUACUGUAAUAUUGAAUGUAACAAAUCAAAAGCUGUAUUUUGCUGUAUCUAUUUACUUCUGACCAAUGGAUGAUAAUGUGCAUAGGGAUGAUAAUGAGAAUGGUUGAUAAUGUGAUAUGAUCAUGCCUGAAUGUGCUGAGCAAUAAAUGCUAUUUGAAGAGCACUUCUGUUUCCAGCUAUUCUUACAUACUGUGCUGUAUUUCACCUGAUAAGAUGGCAUCACAUAUAGAAUUUCUCCCCUAUGUAGAAGCAGGGGAAUUCCAACAGCACUAUCCUGAAUUCAAAAUAAAU